AUAUCAAACCCUACCCUUGUCCCAAUUUCCAUUUCCAACCGUCUUCAAAAACCUGUUUUUAUUUCAUUUUCUCUCACUUUUUCAAGAGAAAAAAGCCGUACAUCUUUGUCUUACUUUUUUCUAGCCUACCAAUCAAGCUUCUCUCUUUGUUUUUUCCUUGCUGAUGAGCUGGAUUUCAAAAUUUUCAAUUCCUUCAAUCCCAAACAGCAAAUAUAUAGGGGAGAGAAUAAUUAGUAGAAUAGUUUUUAUAUAUAGGAAAAAUUCGAAAAGCAAAAAGCUUCUUGGCGACGACUUGCUUUGUUGAAAUUCAGUGGUUUUAGAGAGAGAAAGAGGAAUGUAAGUUCUGAAAUUAAGGAAUUUAAUCGAAGAAGAAGAAGAAGAAGAGAGAGAUGGUGGUGAGGAAGGUUGGGAAGUACGAGGUUGGGAGGACGAUCGGCGAAGGAACGUUCGCGAAGGUGAAGUUUGCGCAGAACACAGAAACUGGUGAGAGUGUGGCUAUGAAAAUUCUCGAUCGUAGCACCAUCAUCAAGCACAAAAUGGUCGACCAGAUUAAGAGGGAGAUAUAUAUAAUGAAGCUUGUUAGACAUCCAUAUGUUGUUCGUCUACAUGAGGUUAUAGCAAGUCGUACAAAGAUCUACAUAAUCUUGGAAUUCAUUACAGGUGGCGAGUUGUUUGAUAAAAUAGUUCACCAUGGACGACUUAGUGAAGCUGAAUCUCGUGGAUACUUCCAACAGCUCAUUGAUGGUGUUGAUUACUGUCACAGUAAGGGAGUCUAUCAUAGAGAUUUGAAGCCUGAAAAUCUUUUAUUAGAUUCCCAAGGAAAUCUUAAAAUUUCAGAUUUUGGACUCAGUGCAUUACCUGAGCAAGGUGUCAGCCUUCUUCGGACAACCUGUGGAACCCCUAACUAUGUUGCUCCAGAGGUACUUAGUCACAAGGGUUAUGAUGGUGCUGCCGCAGAUGUUUGGUCAUGUGGGGUCAUCCUUUAUGUUCUGAUAGCAGGAUAUCUCCCCUUUGAUGAGAUUGAUCUCACUACACUGUACAGUAAGAUUGAUAAAGCAGAGUUCUCAUGUCCAUCCUGGUUUCCAGUAGACGCAAGAUCUUUGAUUUAUCGAAUUUUAGACCCGAAUCCUGAAACUCGUAUUCGGAUUGAAGAGAUCAGGAAUGAUGAGUGGUUCAAUAGGGGUUAUGUUCCUGUCAGACUUCCUGAAAUUGAAGAUAUUAACCUGGACGAUAUGAAUGCUGUUUUUGAUGAUCCUGAGGAAGAACAAGCUAAUGAGCAUUGCAGUAAUGAGGAGCUGGCACCUUUGAUUCUUAACGCAUUCGACCUAAUUAUUCUCUCACAAGGCUUGGACCUUUCGGCUAUGUUUAAUCGUGGGCAGGAUUCUGUGAAGCAUCAAACACGCUUUGUUUCACAAAAACCAGCAAAGGUUGUUUUGUCCAGUAUGGAAGUUGUUGCACAAUCAAUGGGUUUCAAAACACAUAUUCGUAAUUUUAAGAUGAGAGUGGAAGGUCUUUCAGCGAAUAAGACUUCACACUUCUCAGUAAUGCUGGAAAUAUUUGAGGUUGCUCCCACAUUUUUCAUGGUAGACAUUCAAAAAGCAGCUGGAGAUGCUAGUGAAUAUCUCAAGUUUUACAAGAACUUUUGCAGCAAUCUUGAGGAUAUUAUCUGGAAACCACCAAAUGAAUCAUCCAAAUCAAGGAUUACCAAGACUAAGAGUAAAAGGCGUUGAUUUUGAAUCUCGAAGCAACAUCUGUUUCCGGUAUGUGUUCUAUAGAAGAUUUACCUAUUUCUUUUAGAGACGACUACUCAUUGCAAUCAUAAGAUAAGCAGUUCUAUUGCAGUUUACCGAACCCCACCCACCUUCCCUCGCUCGCCACCCACAUCCCACCUGAAAGAAUGGGUAGGCCUCUCGAGCCGAGUUGGUCAAAAACUCCCACAAUUUUGUAUAAUUAUUGUGUGUAAGUUUUUAAUUUUAUCUAAAGCUUUAUCUCUCUCUUUCAUUAUAAUGCCAUUAAACCAUUUUGUAGCCAGAGGAGUACAAGUUGAGAGAUUUUUUUCUCUUUUAAUCUAAAUGAAGCAUCUUUUCUGUAAGUUCA